CUCGCUCAGAAUGGACUCCAUGCCGCCCCCAAUGUAUUACGAUCCCUGGUCCGGGAACCCAUCUGCACAUCAACCGCUUCCUCCGGACAUUAGUAACAUGACCCAUGACUACAAACAAGGAGAAUACGAAGACGAAGCUCCGCUCCUCGAAGAGCUCGGUAUCAACAUCGACCACAUAUGGGAUAAAACAUUGGCGGUCCUGAAUCCCUUACGGAAAAGCGAAGCCAACGUAUUGAAUGAAUGUGACUUAGCUGGUCCCUUGGUAUUCUGCAUGGCUUUCGGAUGUUUCCUCAUGCUGGCAGGGAAAAUACAUUUUGGGUAUAUAUACGGCCUGGGACUCGUGGGUACGCUGUCUUUGUACACAUUACUCAACCUCAUGUCUCAGGAAGGCAUAUCCGUGGGAACAACGAUAUCCGUGCUAGGAUAUUGCUUGCUGCCCAUGGUUCUCCUGUCGGGAAUCUCGAUUGUGAUAUCCCUGAAGGGCACAGUUGGAACCGCGUCCGCCCUGGUCGCCGUCAUCUGGUGCGCGUAUUCGGCCUCGAAACUUUUCGUGACGGCCUUAUCAAUGGAUCACCAGCAGGUGCUGGUCCUAUACCCGUGCGCGCUAGUUUACGGGGUGUUCGCGCUGCUCACAAUCUUCUGAUGAAUUGUCGAUUUGUACGCAAGAGGGAGAAAUUUUUAGGGAACGACCGCCAACGCACGCUCAAACAAUCCGCUGUGGAAUGGAUCCUGCGGAGUGCCGCCCUAUCGCGCCGUGCCUGUGCGAACCCUCGAAAGCUGAGAAUAAAGUAUGAGUUCAUUGAUGUCGACGCACAAAA